UAUUAACAGCUUUUCUAGCGAUCUUAUCGAAAAUUUUGUCGGCGGUCUUAAUCGAAUAGAAAAGAGGGAAGAAAAACGCAAACAGCCACUGGCCAGGUUGAAUCAAGUUGAACGACCUAAUCAACUCAGCGGGUUCUGAUGUGAAAAUGGUUGAGGAAGGGUUUUUUGAGGUGUGAAAUACGAUCGUCGCCCGUGCCCUUGCGGUCAUGCGUUCUCCAGGCGCCUGCAUCCACCCCGCGGUACUUACCCACAACGGAGGGGAUUGGCGGGGAUUGUAUUUGAAGCGCGACCGCGCGAUUUCACCCGUCAAACGAGAGGAAGAAGCCACGGCUUCAACCGCGCGCGGCUUUAUCCUUUGGCAUACGAAUCGCGUAUCCCGUAUCGAUAAGUUGAUCGAGAACGUAAUUUCGUAUUGAAGAGGUGCCGCUUCGAGGGUGCGUCUUGAAGAAAUCGAAGAUUCUGCAAACCGUUCGAAAAGAUCACGAUAUGAAGAUUACCAAAUAUCUUUGUUGCACUCUGGCUUGCAUGUGCCUGCUGAAGGUGGCAAAUACCGAAAUUUCGAGAGACAAGAAUUCACUUUUACAGUUCGAACGGCAGCUCCUAAACGCCCUAAACGCGGAGAAAACAAUCAAGUCAAAGAGGCCAUUUUGCAAUGCUUUCACGGGAUGUGGCAGAUUUAUUUCGGAAGAGAGAAGAGUGAAGAAGAAAGGGCCUUCCACUCAGCUGCGGGACUUACCGGACGUUGAAGUGACGAGCGACAACGUUCAGCUUCCGAUUUCUCUGUACAGGGCACUGCUAAACGCCGCCAAACAAAACGUUUGGAAAACGACGGAUCGUGAGACGUACGAUUAUCGAUUGCAACAAAUACCGCGGAUUUAUCUCUCGGGUCAAAUGCCUCUACGUGACAUGAUGGAAAGCUAAUUCUAACGGACACAACUUGAUGCAUGGGCGCUUCUAGAAUGUUUGUAACAGACGGAAUUAUAUUUCACCUUCUUGUUUCUAAAUAUGUAUUAUGAAAUUUAUCUAUAUCACUAAUCAAAUAUUCCGUAAGGAAUUAUGUUAAUGAAAUUACCAUAAUUUUACUUGAAACUCUUAUUUCGAAUCUUCUUCCGCGGCAGGAUGCAGUCGUAUUUCUUUGCGUCCACUUUACGGUGCUCAUAUCUUAUCUAUUUUCAUUUCUGCGUUCCGUUAUAAUUAAAGAAUUUAAUUAUGACGGAAUUUAAUUGAGAAAAUUUGUACAAUUAUUCUGUUUUCAAUACAGUUCUAUUUUAUGUACAACUUCCGAGAAUUUUACCGCUACGAAUGUAUUAUUCACCGAAAGAAGCAUAUAAAAAUGUAAUCAGUAUAAUAUUGGUGUUAGCUAGAGAAUUAGAGUAGAAAUAUUCAUUUA